AUGAAGAACCUUUCCUACUUCUUCGUUGCUUCUUUCAUGUUUUCUUUAAUCAGCUUGACCCUGCAAGCUGGGGUGGAAACAGGCGUGAAUCACGUAGCGGCUUCUUCACCUCCAAGUUCUCCUAAAAGUCAUGGUAAAGGAAUCAAUGUCAAUGAACAACAUGUAAGUAGUGGUAUGACCUCCAAUCCAAAGGUUUCAGCCCGUAUGAUCGCACAAGAGAGCUCUUAUGAUAAAAAGAAGGCAGUUUUGAAUCCUGAUUCAGAAGCAUUCGACGCGAGAACAGCUGAAUCACAUCAUAAGGUUCGUCAACGUCGCUUGAUCAAUAAAGUUCGCCAUAUGUAG